UGAAUUAAUAAUGCACUUCACCUAUCUGAUUACAGUUGGUCCUAACACCAACUACUCACGGGUUCCCAUUUUAUGCAUUUUUCUCAAGCUAAAUAUUAAUGCUUAAUAUGCUUUUCAUACACUACUGACUACACCAUCUAUAAUUCUCAAUAAUUAUUGAUGCUUUUCAAGAAGCUUCUUCAAACUUCUCCCAUGUCUGAUCAUAUCUUCUUUGUUCUUCUUGCUAUCUUGUUCAUUCAUCCUCUUUCUGCAUCACGUAAACCAGCAAUACCCACCUCUCGGAUCACUGUUGUGGGAGCUGUUUUUUGUGAUACAUGUUCAACAAAUUCUUUCUCUAAACACAGCUACUUUUUGCCGGGAGUGGAUGUUCAUAUACAAUGCAAAUUCAAGGCAAAUUCCCCGAAGACCAUGGAGCAGAUUGCCUUCUCGGUGAACAGAACGACGGAUAAAUAUGGAGUUUAUAAGCUUGAAAUACCCCAUGUGGAUGGUGUUGACUGUGUGGAUGGUAUGGCAAUAGAAUCAUUGUGCCAAGCAAACUUAAUAGGAAGCUCAUCUUCAGCAUGCAAUGUUCCAGGUUCAAAUAUGGCAGCAAAUGAAAUAUCAGUCAAAUCAAAACAAGAUAGUCUCUGUAUAUACAGCUUAAAAGCUCUGAGUUACAAACCAUUCAAAAGAAAUGUUAGUUUGUGUGGAAAUAACAAAGAGGGAUUGCAAAGGCAGACUUCUUUUAACUCUUCAAAGUUCUUCCUCCCUUAUUACUUACCUUCUCAACUACCUCCUUUAUUUCCAGGGCCACCAUCUUUGCCUUUCCCAUUUCCAACAGCCCCGCCUAUUUUUUCACCACCACCAUUCAAUCUAGGAGAUCCAAAAUCUUGGAUUCCUAAACCUCCUCCACCUGCGUUUAAUCCUGGAGAUCCAAGAACUUGGAUUCCUAAUAUUCCUACACUAUCUCCUCCACCUCCACCUGCAUUUAAUCUUGGAGAUCCAAAAACUUGGAUUCCUAAUAUUCCUACACUAUCUCCUCCACCUCCACCUGCAUUUAAUCUUGGAGAUCCAAGAACUUGGAUUCCUAAUAUUCCUAUGCUAUCUCCUCCACCACGGCCUGCAUUUAAUCUAAGGGACCCCAGGACUUGAUACCUACAUUCCACCAUCUCCUGGCAACCCUCAAAGCCAGAAACCUUAGUAUUGGGUUUAUAUUUGUUAUAUUUUUACUCCAGUAUUCUCAACAAAGACUAUGUUUUUAUCAUGUUAUUAUUUGAUCAUUAUAUAUGCUUUUA